UCACGCCAUACCUUCAAGCGGAGUAUUGAAAGGUUGCGCCGGCCCUGCUGCAACAAAUGAGCUCUCCGGCGAGAUCGUCGGCUUCGGGAGCGAGCGCCGGGCAAAUUGGCGGUGCUUCCAGCAGUAGUAACGCUGGAUUAAUUGAUGAUUCUGUUUACCAUUUUCCUACCGAUCUCAUCUCUGUUCAUGACCGAAAGGAGGCGGCCUUAACUGUCUUGAGGUCGGAUCUGAUGGCAUCGCUCCAGAAGGAGGUGAAAUCUCUGGACGAAGACGGUUGGAUGUUUUCUGGUCCUCGCUCACAAAUUCAUCUCGUUCUAAGACCAGGUGCAUUUUUCUUUUCUUUGAGUUUAUUUAUGGGGGCUUUGGUUCCCCUAUGUUGUAACAGGCCAAACUCCGUCCUUUGAGAUAUUGUAGGCUUUGGCCUGAUGGCCUCAAAAUUUUGUCCCAUUGGUGUAAUUUUGUCAAGAGAUCACCCAUCGGAGGAGUGCUCCCACACAGCAAAUUUUGUAGUUUUUGAUG